ACUGGAGUGCACUUUGUUCUUCUUCUCUGCUUCCAGACAAAGGGGCGGAAACGAUACAGUUGAGUGUAGUCAAGCUAGCGGCUCUGUGUUUACCUACAAAUCAAGGCAAACAGCGACGUUAUCGAUACACAAUCACGACGCAAAGACCACCGUGUUGUUUUAUAUCACUUCGGGUGGAAGUUUAGAAAAAAUAUAUUAAAUUGUAAGUCACCGGUGAUGUUUUGAAAGCAGAGCAACAGAAGAAAUGCAGAAUGCAUGCAGAAAUGCAGCAUCAACACACAUUUAUGAAAUAUGCAGACAUGCACAGCAGCAGUAGGCGAUAAGACUCAAUGGAGAUCUUGAUAAAAAUGUGAGAAGAUGCAGCUACAUGAACCUGCUGGUCCCCAGGUCUACCUGAUGAGUAUGAGCCUGACUACAGAGCCCCCUAACGAUGUUCCCGCUGUUACAGAAGAGAGCAAAAUGACCACAGCCGAGAAGAAGGACAAGAAGCCAGAUGAAGUGGCAGAGGAAGAGGAGGAGGAGGAGGAAUAUGUGGUGGAAAAGGUCCUGAAUCGGCGAGUGGUGAAAGGAAGAGUAGAGUAUCUUCUCAAGUGGAAAGGCUUCUCUGAGGAAGAUAACACAUGGGAGCCAGAAGACAAUCUGGACUGUCCAGAUUUGAUUGCAGAAUUCCUGCAGUCCCAGAAAUCAGCACACGACGGAAAGAGGAAGGCAGCCGGGGACGCAGAUGGAGACGAGAGUCGAACGAAGAAGAAAAAAGACGAUACAGAGAAGCUAAGGGGCUUUGCUCGAGGACUGGAUCCAGAAAGGAUUAUUGGUGCCACAGAUUCCACAGGAGAGCUCAUGUUCCUCAUGAAAUGGAAAAACUCUGAUGAAGCUGACCUGGUGCCGGCGAAGGAGGCCAACGUCAAGUGUCCGCAGGUGGUCAUCUCGUUCUAUGAAGAGAGACUCACUUGGCACUCGUAUCCCACCGAAGACGAGAAAAAGGAUGACAAAAACUAACACAAGGGGCAGGGGAGAGAAAGAAACUGUAGUUUUGAACUUCAUUGUACUUUUGAUGGGAUUUGGGGGGUUGAGGGGGGGGGGGGGGGCAAGCAAGACAUCAUCGGACUCAUUUGUCUUAUGGUGCAGUAUCACUCAUUUGAUUAUACUUUUAUCUGGAUAUAAUCUACCUGUAAAUAUGCUUCAGAUUUGCUUGACAGCUGAAAUGUUAAACAGUGUUAAUUUACAGUAUCGACUUGAGUUUUGAGAAAGCCUGUCGGUCGUUUCAGUAUCCUUUUCACACGGCAUUGGGUCCAGUGCUCGUCAUCUUGCUAUGACAAUGUAUCAGUGAGGUGAUGUUUUUAUUUCAUUAGUGCGCCAUUUUUUUUUAUACUUGGUUCAUUAGUGCUUUCGACGGCAAAGCUGUGUCCAUUAGCUGUUUCCUUAGGACUUGUUUGAUGUACGGUUAUCAGCUUUUCAGUGAUUGAUCUGGCUAUUGGUAAUCUUUGUAGUGUUUUUCAUGACUAUGUCUUGCUUGUCAGUUUUGGACAAUAAACCACUUUUUGUUAACUCUGUUUCAACUGGGAUCACUUUUAACGUGACAGGAUUAUUACGCAGCAGGGCUGCAACUAACGAUUCGUUUUAGACUCAUCAUAUGGUCAAUAAAACAUACGGAGAUAGAGACAAAUGUGCAUUACAGUAGCCAAACUGAUGUUGUAAAAAACUGACAGAAAUAAGUGAGAAAACCAUUGCCUGUAUCUGUGCUGUGGGUGGGCGGGGCUUAAUGAGGUUGGGCGGGGCUUAAACAGGAUGGGUGGAGUUUAAAGCGAAAGUUGAAAUUUAAACCUGAAUUUGAUGUUGGGUUGAUCGAAACUUGCUAUAUUUAUGUUUUAUUAGAAAGCUAUUUACGGAACAUUCUCAGUAUUGAGCUUCAGAUCAUUUUUCAUUACAAGAGUACGAGACCAAACACAGCCGAAUACUAAAAGUAUUAAACAGAGUGCAGAGUCCGUCAUUUUUAACACACCUAAAGGCUUCAAGAUUAUCACCUGGAGCAUUUACUGACAUACUUCAUGUUGUAGGACAAAAGAAAGUCUCUCAUGCUUGUGUUAACCACAGACCUUAUUUCAGACAUCUAAGCAAAACCCUUUAUAAAGACCCACUGACU